GUUCUUACAAACUUUAACAUGAAGCUGCUAUGAAUCAAUGUUUGUUGUGAAAAGUAGCUACUAAAUAAAUAAAAUGUACUUUAAACUGAGUGCUCAGUUCGUGUAUGAAUAAUAAUAUAUUGAGAAACAUUGUUUCAUUACAAUUAAUGUGUUAUCUUUAAUGGUUUUAUUAUUGUGAAAAUUAAUUGGCUCAAAUCUAAAAAUGUAGCAGAAUCUUAAAUACUAGGCUUGCUUUCACUGCAGACAGACAGAGAGACGGUGUGUAUGUCAGUGACCCUCACAUGAUGCGAGGAUUAUGAGUUUAGGAUAAUAAAGUAAUUACACACACACACACACACACACACACACACGGCUGAAGCAGACGGAUGAAGUGUGUUUCAGACGGUCAAGCGUCAGAAUGCCGGAGUUUGAUGUGAUUGUUCUGGGAACAGGACUGAAGGAAUGUGUUUUAUCUGGACUGAUGUCAGUCAACGGGAAGAAGGUCCUUCAUAUAGACUGUAACCCAUAUUAUGGAGGAGAGAGCGCCUCUAUUUCACCCCUGGAGGAGCUUUAUAAGAGGUUCCAGGUUCCUGCUCCUUCUACAUCAAUGGGACGCGGGAAAGACUGGAAUGUGGAUCUGAUACCUAAGUUUCUCCUUGCAAACGGGCAGCUGGUGAAGAUGCUGCUCUACACUGAAGUCACUCGCUAUCUGGACUUCAAGGUGGUUGAAGGCAGUUUCGUGUUCAAAGGAGGGAAACUUCACAAAGUUCCCUGCACUGAGACUGAGACGCAGAAUUCAGAUCUGAUGGGGAUGUUUGACAAGCGCAGGUUCCGUAAGUUCAUGUCCUUCAUCCUGAACUUCGAGGAGAACGAUCCGCGGACGCAUCAUGACAUGGACCCGCGCAGAACCACCAUGAGGGACGUGUUCCGUCACUUUGACCUGGGUGAUGAUGUCAUGGAGUUCACAGGUCAUGCUCUCGCCCUUCACGUCAACGACGAUUAUCUGGAGCAGCCGUGUCUGACGACCAUCAACCGGAUCAAGCUGUACUCCGAGUCUCUGGCGCGCUACAGCUUCAGCCCGUUUCUUUACCCGCUGUUCGGUCUGGGCGAGCUGCCGCAGGGAUUCGUCAGGCUCAGCGCCGUCUACGGGAACUGCUACAUGCUGAACAGACGCGUGGACGAGAUCGUGAUGGAGGGCGGCCAUGUGGCAGCGGUGCGGUCUGAAGGAGAGGUCUUCCGCUGUAAGCAGCUGAUCUGCGACCCCAGUUACGUGCCGGAGCGCGUGAAGAAGGCCGGCCGCAUCAUACGGGUCAUCUGUCUGCUCAACCACCCCAUCAAAAACACGCACGAUGCCAACUCCUGCCAGAUCAUCAUCCCGCAGACGCACCUCAACAGGAAGUCAGAUAUCUACGUGUGUCUGGUGUCCUACUCUCAUAACGUGGCCACCGAAGGGAAGUACAUCGCUGCUGUGAGCACCAUGGUGGAGACCAGCAAUCCUGAGAAGGAAGUUCAGCCCGGUUUGGCGCUGCUGGAGCCCAUCAUGGAGAAGUUUGUGUCCGUCAGUAACCUGAUGGUCCCGAUGGACGACGGCCGCCGGAGUCAGAUCUUCAUCUCUCGAUCGUACGACCCCACGACGCACUUCGAGACCGACACCGAAGACAUCAUGGAUCUGUACCGCCGCAUCACGGGGUCAGAGUUCAUCUUCAGGAACCCCAGAGACGGCGACAGCGACUCUGAUGAGUGAACGAGGGAUCGUUCAGCCAAACGUGAUCAUUCUGUCAUCAUUAUCAUUUGAACACAACUGAGAAACACUGUCUGUGGGUUUUUGUCUGCCAGUGUUGUUUGGUUCCCAAUGUUCUUCAAAAUAUCUACUGAAAAACGAAAGUCGCGCAGGUAAAUGAUGACAGAACGAUCGUUUUUGGGUGGACGAUCCCUUUAAGGGUCAGUAAUUCCCCCUGCUGUCGAUUUUCUGUGACAGAAAUAUGAAACUGUGCGAGACUUGAGCUGAAUCAGGCUGCGUCUACAUUCAUCCGGACACAUUUGAAAUCCGUCCACACUUUCAAGCGUUUUCCAAAAGUUUCUCUUACUCUUAAAACAUCGAACUGCAUGAAAGCUAAUAAAAGCUCCCUGAGAUGAUACCGUAUCAAGUUCUCACGCUACUGACGCAAAAUAUCUCACCCUUUUACUGGUCGCACUUAAUCAUGUUUGACUGCAGUACACUUCCUGUCACCUCUGCAGGAUUGUAAAAUGAAGAUUGUACAGUCACAUUUAUCUUCAGCAACACUAUGAAAGUGAAUAGCACAUAUGGACACAUAAUAUAUAUUGUAGUUUGAGAGAGCGCCUUCUAAAAGCUUUUCGCAGGACAAAAAUGCAUCAAAAUAUUGAGAAAAUUAUGCUUUUUCACAUGUAUCUGGAUUCAUGUAGACGUAUUCUAUAGUUCAAUUCUGUCAACUAUAGAAUCAAACCAACAUUAAAUAGAGAAAGACACGUGAACACAAUGAAAUGAGUGAUGGUAGUUUGUGUAGAUCUUUUCUUGUGAACACUGAUGUUUGUUGUAAGUGUUUCCUUCAUUUGCAUUUGCAGAUAUUCACGUUCUCCCUGUAGUCCUACAGUAGCCAACUUCUGUUUCCUGUGUGUU